AUGAAAAGUUUGAGCUAUGGUCUAGCUGAAUUUCUUUUUCAUACACCUACUGCUUCUGUUUUAUUAGCAUUUCGUAAUUUUAAUUAUGAUAAUUAUCGCCUUGCACUGAAUGAGAUGAUGCAUGAUGAAUGUAAACGUAUUUUCUUAAACGAUCAAUGUGUUAAAGUCGAAAAUCAAUUUAUUGAUCAAAAAUGGAUAUUACAACAGCAUAGAGUUAGUCUAUUCAUUAGUCAUUGUGGUAUGGGCUCAAUUGCAGAAGGACUUUAUUUUCAAAAACCAAUCUUAUGUUUACUUUUAUGCAAUGAUCAGCUCCCAAAUGCCAUCAUGAUUAAUCAAUCGGGAGUUGGACAAUCAUUCUUUGUUCCACCAUCUCUAUGGGAAUUAUUUUUGAAACCGACUAGUGUCACAAUGAAAUUAUCGGCAAUGUGGAGAAAUAGUAGAUACGAGAAAGCAGCUCGAGUCAUGUCAAUUGAAAUAAAACAUGCAGGUGGUGUGAAAAGAGCUGUAGAAGAAAUUGAAUUUUUAGUUAGUUUAAAUGGUGAUCUAGAUCGAUAUGCACCAUUUCAGAGUACAUUACCGUUCUAUCAACGAUAUCUAUUUGGUAUAGUCUUUAUUUAUAUUAUUUUACCUAUAAUAAUUAUGCUCUAUCUGUUUAUAAAAUGUUGUAAACGAACUCGAAAACAAAUGACUGAUUAA